GGCGCGCUGUGACCUCGACACGAACCAUCACCUCCGCCUGCCGUCACACACGGCUACCACGCGUCGCGCGCCAUGUCGCGCCUCACCGCCGCCCAAGUCAUCGCCCUCGGGGAGUAUCUCGAACCUGACUUCGAACCUAGCACUCUCACCGUCGCUCAGCUGCUCGGCGUCUUUGGCUAUCACAAUGUGAACUAUCCAUCCCAGUACACCAAGCCCCGGCUUGUCCAGCUAUUCAACGACGAGGUCAAGGCUAAUGCAAGCAAGCUGCGGAGGCAGAGGAUCAAGAAAGAGAGCAGUCAAGCCAGCGAUGACGGCAUAACUGAUGGCCUCACUGGGCGUCCGAUCAAUGAAGGAAAGAAGCCUGUAACGAGAAGAUCCUCAAGACGCUCAUCACGAGCACCUCCUGAACAGCUUGAAGAGCCUGAGCCUGCUCCUGCGAAGAGACGAAGAUCGUCCGCCCAGCCCUCCCUCGGUGGCCCUUCUCGCCAGAAAUCCAAGUCCGCAAAGCCAGUGGAACCAGUGCUGGUAGAAGAGAGCGAGCCUGAAGAAGAAGAAGAAGUCGCUCCGCGCAAAGUGGGCAGAAGCAAGAAGAGUACGACAGAUGCAGGCAGCGAGACGCGCCGCGUAUCGCAGGCCUUCCCUGAAGAUUCAGGCUGGGAGGAUAACAACAUAUUCCAGUCCGGCGCAGAGUCUUCUUCUCCAGCUCGUCCUCCGCCCCGACGCACCCGUCGGACCAGUACGUCAGCGCGACCCGCACCCAAAUCACGCAAAUCCCUGUCGGCGCCACCGCAAUAUGCCUCUGAAUCGCCCGAGAGGGGCACCGAACCAGCUCGGCUGCCGAGAGCCAAGCCGCCAUCCACUGUCAAGCUACCGUCUUCGGCAAAGCCACGCUCCACUUUUAAACCUCCUUCGAAUGUCUUUGACCCUCAGCUCCCACCCGACGUCCAGCGCGAGACACGCUCCAGCUCUCGGUCGAGGAGGGGGUCUGCUGCUCCGGAAGUCAAGCAAGAGCGACUGUUCAUGAUUCCUUCGCAGGUCACUGAGGAACAGGAAACGGACCUCGAAGAAAUGCGGCAGAUGGAGGCUCUUCGCGAGGACAUUGCGUCCCCGGCUGCCGAAGUAGAGCCAGAAAUGCCAGUAGUGCCCACGGAGGAUUAUCAAGAGCCGGAGGAUGACUACACGGACGAGCAAGUUGCUGCUGUGUCCAAGCGAAUCUCAGAAGGUGGACAAGUCGUGCGACAGCAAUCAGAAUCCAAAUCUCAGGGGCACUCGUUCUUCACUCGUCUUGUCAUGCUGUUGCUUUUCUUAUCAAGCUCCAGUAUGCUCUACGAGUAUAAGCGCGAGUCUUCAGAGAUCGGUUUCUGCACUGCUGGCACUACGACGAAUCCUGUCCUUGAAGAGAGGCAGGCGCGGGCUGCAGCGGUCGAGUUGUGCCAGAGAGAGAACAUGACCACUUUGCACGUGUCGCAUACAGGGUCGGCCGCGUCCCCUGUCCCUACCGGUACUGCCAGUGCUUCCGGCCAGCAGUCCCACUCUGCAGACGAUAGUGCCGUCGAGCUGUGCCCCCCUCCUGCCCUUCUGCCUCUGCCAUGGCCAGAGACGUGCACUCCCUGCCCCCGACAUGCGACAUGUACACCCUCGUCAAUCACCUGCGAGAACGGCUACGUUCUCCGCUCGCAUCCGCUUCUUUACUACGUGCCCAUCCCCGAUUCGUCGCCCCCCAAUCAAUUGUCGUACACGACCUUUACUCGCCCUAGAAGCUUGCUUGCGACCGACGUGGACGUGCCGGAGUUGAUCUACUCUGCGGUCUCAACACUAUUCGAUGGCUUACCCGGGCUUGGUGCCGUCGCAUUCCCGCCGCGUUGUGUCGCAGAUCCGCGGCGCAGGCGACACAUCAAUGGAAUGGGCAAAAGCAUCGAGACGUUCCUUGCCGCAGAAAGAGGCAAGCGUCUCUGCUCUGGGGAGGGCGCUGGUCUACCCGAAAUUACCGACAUCGAACAAGCUAAGAAAUGGGGCAGGGAGCUAGAGAAACUCAGGGACGAGAGCAUGAAGAAGACAUCGGUAAGUUUGUCUGGUCCCCACCAUGCAGGAACCUCGCUCAUUACACAAUGCGCAGCCCAACCUGCUUCCGCUGUUCAAUGACACCUUCAACGAAGCUAUCACGCAGCUGGUGGAUUGGGGCGUUGUCUUUAUGGCCGAGGAUAAAGAGUGCGUCCAUUACGUUGUCUGAUUCCGGACAUUUGCUCACAAGACUCGUUCUAGCGGCACUCGCUACAUCGCUUCGAAGAAUCCCUCGUUGGAUGUAAUUUGCACCCUGACAGUCAAGUCGCGUGAAACCUGGGCCCAAUGGAGGGCUUCCGUCAUUGGUACGUCGCGCAUCCUUGUUCCCCCACCCUCAAACACUGAGACGAACUUCCGACCGCCGCUGUCUGCAGGAAGCGCCCUCUUAUUUCUGAGUGCCUUGGUGCUUAAACGCCGAAGGGCCCAGAACGCGGCAGAGAACGAGCGCGUAGCGGGUCUGGUGCAAAU